UGCUAGCAAUGAAUACUUCUGAUUUACAAAUUAUUCAGCAAAGUAUUCAAGAUACAGUUGAGAUUCUUAAUAAUUUCAAUGAUAAGGGUAAUAAAGAACGAGGGCGUUCUUCCUACGUAGAGCAAUUAAUAAAAGAUAUGGCGAUAUAUUAUGGUUAUUCAGAGUUCCUUCUGGAAAAAUUAUUUCAUUUAUUUUCAAUUUCAGAGGCUGUAGAGUUUUUCGAAGCAAACGAGAUUUCUAGACCAGUUACUAUACGAACGAAUACAUUACGUACUCGUCGCCGAGAUUUAGCUCAAAUCCUAAUCAAUAGAGGUGCUAAUUUAGAACCUAUUGGCAAAUGGACAAAAGUUGGAUUAACUGUAUAUGACUCUUCAGUACCAAUUGGUGCAACACCCGAAUAUCUCGCUGGGUAUUAUAUGCUACAAUCUGCUUCCUCGUUUUUACCUGUUAUGGCUUUAGCUCCCCAAGAAAACGAAAAGAUUCUCGACAUGGCAUCUGCACCUGGUGGAAAAGCCACUUACAUGGCUGCGCUAAUGAAAAACACUGGUAUUAUAUUUGCAAAUGAUUCCAAUAAAGAGAGAAUAAAAAGUCUUGUGUCAAAUAUCCACCGAUUAGGCGUUAAGAAUGCAGUAGUGUGUAAUUAUGAUGGUCGUGAGUUCCCAACUGUUAUGGGAGGGUUUGAUCGGGUUCUUUUGGAUGCUCCAUGUAGUGGUACUGGUGUUAUUUCUAAGGAUCCUUCUGUAAAGAUAAAUAAAACUCAUAAAGAUUUUAUGCUACUACCUCAUUUACAAAAAGAGCUCAUCUUGUCAGCGAUUGAUUCAGUUGACGCGAAAUCAUCAACAGGUGGUUAUAUUGUUUACUCUACAUGCUCAGUAACUGUUGACGAAAAUGAAGAUGUGGUAAAUUAUGCACUUAAAAAACGACCUAAUGUAAAAUUGGUACCAACUGGUUUAGAUUUUGGCCAAGAAGGAUUUACAAAGUAUCGCGGAAAAAUAUUUCACCCUUCAUUAAAAUUAACGAGAAGAUAUUAUCCUCAUGUACAUAAUAUGGACGGAUUCUUUGUGUCGAAAUUCAAAAAAUUUUCGAAUCAAUACACUCAUACGAACAAAGAUGAUGUUACCAAAGAUAAUGAGAAUCCUGAGAAUCUUGAAGAUAGCAUUGAUCGGGAUGAUGUUCAUUUUAAUGAAGAAGAAGAUCAGAAAUAUAUUCAAGCAUCAUUAAAUAAAUCAAUGAAGCGAAAAGGUUUUAAAAUCCAGAAAGAUAUUAGUAAAUCGCAGGAAAGCAAAAAACGG